AUGUCCCGUCUCGGUCCAGAGCCCCGCGUGAACUCCAAGUUCCUCAGCGACCACCGCGGUCAGACCGUGCGCCUCACUGCCAAGGUCCUCAAGCUCGUUGGCGACACGGCGACUGUCGAGGCCAGCGACGGUGGCGAGGUUGCAAUCAUGCUCUCUCGUGACAUGCACAUCGAGGACACCUACGUAGAGAUUAUCGGCAGUGUCAAGGACGACCUCACUGUCAAGGCGCUCACCAGCAUCAACCUGGGCAACACUCUGGACAUGAAGGCUGUCAACGCCGUCGUCGAGUAUGCUCACUCGUCCAAGGGCAGUGGCGUCCUGGCGUAG